GGAAGGUGGCUGAUGCCGUCAUGGCGGACGAAGAAGAGGACCCUCCUUUUGAAGAAGAUACUGAGGAGGCUGGAGGAGGCCCAGAUGGUGGACAGGGGGGAAGGAAGAGGCUGUUCUCCAAGGAAUUAAGAUGUAUGAUGUAUGGGUUUGGAGAUGACCAGAAUCCUUACACAAAGUCAGUGAAUAUUCUUGAAGACUUAGUUAUAGAAUUCAUCACAGAAAUGACCCACAAAGCAAUGUCAAUUGGAUGGCAAAGUCGAGUACAGGUUGAAGAUAUUGUCUUCCUGAUCCGUAAAGACCCACAGAAGUUUGCUCGUGUGAAAGACUUGUUAACAAUGAAUGAAGAACCGAAACGGGCCAGAAAGGCAUUUGAUGAAGCAACUGUUGAUCUUAAGGCCUCAUGUGAUGCAAAUGGGUGGUAUGUGCAGAAUGCUGAGGGAGAAUGGGCCAUAACAGGUGCUAACAUGUUUGGAUAUUGCCUCUACUAGAAGACAAACCAACACUUUGCUUUGCCAAGUGUAAGAAUUGUUUUGUAAAUGUUAAUUCACAGGGGGUAACUUUGUUAACUGGAAC